GGCGAGUCUUAUAUUUCCUUUAGAAUGGGAAGUCUUCCCUCAGAUGCGUCUGGACAUCAGCGGCAUCGGGUCAUGGACACGUGUACCUAGCUCCACACAACCCAUGCACGCGGACGUAGCAGCUGCAGUUUCGGCGGACAACACUCGCGUGGAGUUGCGGUCCUCGGGAGGACCGACGCAGACCAUCGAGUCCGCCAGAACCCGCAGGGGCCCGUGAGAGCACCGGGUCAGCGUGGAUCAACAUGAAUAUCCAGGUUCUGCCAGAACACAAGCUCUCGUCGGUGGCCCCGCUGAACCAGUGCAAUGUGGAUAAAAAAGAGGUCGAACUGAUACUGGUGAAGGACCAGAAUGGCGUCCAGUACACCAGUUCCUCCAUCAUUCCCACCCCUGGCCACCCCGCGGGUCCUCCCGGAUGCACCGAGGACGAACGCGAGACUUGGGGAAAGAAAAUUGACUUUCUUCUAUCGGUUAUCGGCUUUGCAGUAGACCUGGCCAAUGUUUGGAGAUUCCCUUACUUGUGCUACAAAAACGGAGGAGGUGCCUUUUUGAUCCCGUACAUCCUUUUCCUGGUGAUUGCGGGGAUGCCGUUAUUCUACAUGGAGCUUGCCUUGGGUCAGUACAACAGGGAAGGGGCAGCGACAGUUUGGAAAAUAUGCCCCGUCUUUAAAGGUGUCGGCUACACUGUGAUCAUCAUAGCCCUGUAUGUCGGUUUCUACUACAACGUCAUCAUCGCCUGGUCCCUCUACUACCUGUUCUCCUCCAUGACCAACGAGCUGCCGUGGCUCAAAUGUGGCAACGCCUGGAACAGCGAGAACUGCACCGACCCCAAAUUGGUCAACGGCUCCAUCAUCGGCAACGGGACGUCCUACGCCAAGUACAAGAUCACCCCGUCAGCGGAGUACUACGAACGGGGCGUCCUGCACCUCCAUCAGAGCCGGGGCAUCAAUGACCUCGGCCUGCCUCGCUGGGAGCUGACCUUGUGUCUCGUCGUGGUGGUCUUCAUCCUCUACUUCAGCCUGUGGAAAGGUGUCAAGUCUUCGGGGAAGGUGGUGUACAUCACGGCUACCAUGCCGUAUGUGGUCCUUUUUGUUUUGCUGAUCAGAGGUAUAACUCUACCCGGGUCAAUGGACGGCAUCAGGGCCUACCUCCACAUUGACUUCAAGCGGCUCAAUAAUCUGGAGGUGUGGAUUGACGCCGCCACCCAGAUAUUCUACUCCCUGGGAGCGGGAUUUGGGGUGCUCAUUGCUUUCGCCAGUUAUAACAAAUUUGACAACAACUGCUACAGGGACGCGCUCUUGACCAGCACUGUGAACUGCAUCACCAGUUUCUUCUCAGGAUUUGCCAUCUUCUCUGUGCUUGGAUAUAUGGCUUACAAACACGGGGUGAAAAUAGAAGACGUGGCAACGGAGGGGGCAGGAUUGGUAUUCAUCAUCUACCCUGAGGCAAUUUCUACACUACCUGGCUCAACGUUUUGGGCUAUUGUGUUCUUCAUCAUGUUGCUGACUCUGGGCAUCGACAGCUCGAUGGGCGGCAUGGAGGCGGUCAUCACGGGCCUUUCAGAUGACUUUAAGAUCCUCAAGAGAAACAGGAAGCUCUUUACCUUUGCCACAGCCUUCGGAACCUUCCUGGUUGCCCUCUUCUGCAUCACUAAUGGAGGCAUCUACGUGCUCACCCUGUUGGAUAAAUAUGCAGCAGGAACAUCUAUACUAUUUGCUGUCUUGUUCGAGGCCAUUGGAGUAUCAUGGUUUUAUGGUGUGGACCGCUUCAGCGAAGACAUCGAGCGGAUGAUGGGCUUCAAACCAGGUCUCUACUGGAGGCUGUGCUGGAAAUUUGUCAGCCCAGCUUUUCUGCUGUUUGUGGUAAUAGCCAGUGCUGUGACGUCGUCAGGCCUGAAGUAUGAUGACUACGUCUUCCCUAACUGGGCCAACGUAGUUGGUUGGUGUGUGGCCAUGUCCUCCAUGCUGUUUGUCCCCUGUUAUGCCAUAUAUAAAUUCUGCAGCGUGAAGGGAACAUUCAAACAGAGGAUAGCCUAUUGCAUCACUCCAGAACAUGAACAUCAUUUGGUGGCUGAGGGAAAUAUACGGCAGUUCACACUCAAGCAUUGGUUGGCCAUUUGAUGACUUCACCCACAAUUCCCUCAUCCAUCUCCUCAUCUGGUGUUUGGAGUUCCUGUGCGCCGCACAAGAUGAAGAGCAGGCACCAACUUCUUUCAGCAGUCUCCCGACAUCCACUUAAUAAUGCCCAAGGCCUUUGGUGACCACAGUAGCUUCAAGCUUUUAAAAAAUAGGAACAGGCAUAAAUCAUGAAUCAUUCGACAGCUUCAGCUCAUAAGGGAGGGAAACCUCACGGGGACAAAGUACAUGCUGUUAUUUGCCCUUAGAGAGAGUUUUUUUCUUUCCUCAAAUAUAUAAAUAUAUAUACACAUACACCGCUUUAGUCAAUCAUUACUGUAGCUAAGAUUUUGUAUAAUUUGUGGUGGGACUAUUACGUUCUGUACGGAACAGACACUGAAAUGAACACAAUGUUAUUAACUUUUAUACUAUUUCACAGGGGACCCAAACAAUUACAUUUUUAACAUUUUGUUUGAAAGCUCAUCAUUUAUUAACGCAUUAUUAUUGGAAGAAGGUCACUGUUCUUGCCGUUCUGUUGUCAGUGCCUUAUCCAGUGAGACACUCCAUGUUUAUUACGCUCCGUACAGGAAGGAAUUAAACAAACCGCGUUGACUCAGGAAGCCACCAAAUCAAGCCACAGUUUGUGGAAGGCAAUCUCACGAUUUGACUUGGUCCUUUAAUACUCAAGUCAAAGAGCUGGAGGUCAACAGUGCACCAAGGCCAAGGUCCUCAGAAAGAACUGUACUAUAUUUAAGUAUUAUAAUGCUUUCAUGUCACAUUCUAUUACAAAAAAAAGGGAAUAAGCAUCGCUUGAUAGCGUCGAAAGGACUGAGGCCAGACUCCCAACAACGCCUUAACGUCAGAGAAAGACGAAGGCUGAACACCUGGCUGCUUACUGAGGAUGAAAACAAUACAAAAACAUAUGGCGUCACUGUUAGUUUUUUUUAUCAUUGUUGUGGCGCUUUACUUUACACAUGUAUUUCUGUACAGGACUUCUGGGGAGUGUGAGAGAGGCUUUUUUCUCCAAAGAGACCGAAAGAAAGAUAAAGAGUGUGUGUGUGUGUGUGUGUGUGUGUGUGUUACAGCACAUGGAGGGGUGACCAUCGUCAAAUGCCUCUUUCGUGACACAAUAUAUCAUCUUAACUGCGCUUGGAUUGUUAUUUUAAACAAAUAUUGCGAUGCUCUGCUUUUUCCAUCACCUUAGAAGUGCCACUUUAAGUUCCUUAAAGAAUGUUUUUGUUCACCUUAUUCAGUUUCUCCUCAUACCUCAUCUUGUGCUUUCAGUUGGGUUUGUUCAUUUGUCAGCAGAAAACCUCUGGACCAAUUUCCAUGAAACUGAUGGAAAGGUGAAGCGUGCGACCAGGGAGGAGCACAUCAAAUUUCAGAGCAGAUUGGCUUCGAUGGAGGUCUGUGCUCUUCAAGUGCACUUCUAGUUUAUUUAUUGGAAUUCAGUACAAUUUUAAAUGUUAAUUAUAACAACCCAUUACUGCAAGGAAUAAAGCCAAGAAGAAAAAACAGCAAACUGGAAUAUAGAAGACAAUAUAAAAGUAUAUUCUUUUGUUAUGUAUAAUCUUGUAUUCAAAUUGUUUAUAACAAAACGUGAAUGUAAAGUAUUUUAAGCGUAAAUGUUCACUGUUACAAAAUUGUGUUUGACGUAAAACUAAAAUGAACUAUGUAGAAAAAAAAAACGUUCUUCUGUGUAACCCUGGGCUACUUUGUCACACGAAUGUGAACUAAUGCACCCUGGCUUUUCUGGACUAUGUUUACAAAAAAAAUACUGUGUCCAAUACCAAUGUCUGUUGAAUGUUAGUGACAACUAUCUAUGGAGAAGUCCAAAGUAUUCACACUAUGAUAAUAAAUAAUUUCAUCUACACACACACUUGAA